AUGGCAACACUAAAAGGAAGCCCUCGAACAGUCGAGGAUGAGGGGCCAGAGCGCUCUUCAACACUUGAGGAGCCAAAGUACGAGUCGUUCUACUACGACCAGCCACCUUUGCCUCUUCCGCCAGCUGCAGUUGUGCACCACCGCAGACGCCUAUUUUGGUGGGCAGUUCGAUAUGCCGUUGUGGUUGUUGUCGUUUUCGUGGGGCUGCUCAUUCCCAUCAUCGUGUUCGCCGGCGACGCCUUCCCUGACGAAACCACGACGCCCGAGGCCAUUCAAGCAACUCAGUACGGCAACCUCGUCUUCUUCAUAUGUCUUUGGUUGGAAGUCACCUGGAUCGCUGCCAUUUUCUUUGACCUCUCAGGACUCGGCCUACCGUAUCUCUUUCGAUUCAUCGCCAGAUACGUCAACUCUUCUCACCAACGAUACUGGCGCAUUUUCAAAUUCAUGCGCCGACCUAUCUGUUUCCUUUUUACAACUAUCAUCUCGUUUUCUUGCUUCACAGUCUUCAUCAACUACAACUCUGACCUCGCAGUGAACACCAAUAAAGGACCGGAUGACACUGGCUGGGACGACGUAGUUGAGGAUAUACUGGAGCAGUUGCAGCUCUGGGUAGUAUUCUACUUCGUGGAGAAAAUACUUAUCUGCUAUUUAGCCGUGCACUACCACUAUCGACAGUCCAACGUUGGCCUGACACGCACCAAGGACGUACACAACGCCCUUAUCACUCUCUAUGAGGCCUCGAUAUAUCUUCACCCCGUCAAUGGAAGCGCUUUCGCGGAGGAAGACCUCGUCAUUCGGAACGCGAAGGGCGACAUGCAGGCGUCAGCUCGGGUGCGUGUGUCAAGCUACUUGGCACGGCUGGGCAUCGAUGGUUAUGGAAUCAUGUCACUCUUCGGAAACUUCAUCUCGGACGCUCCAGCAGCCCAUUGGCUACGGCCAGGGUCGUCAUUUUCUGUCAUUGAUCGCGCUUGGGCGAACCCGACUUCUGCUCAAGCACUCUCAAGGAGAGUCUGGUUAUCGCUGGUCGCAAGCGGCAGUACCGCCCUAACGAAGAACGACAUCAUCGAGGUCCUCGGCCCAGAUAGGGAGAAAGAAGCGGCGCAAAUAUUCGACACCCUCGACGAAAAUGACAGCGGUGACAUCCAAAUUGAAGAGUUCAUCGGCAUUGUGACCGAAGCUGGACAAAUGCGACACAACGUCUACCGGACGAUUGCCGACAUGGACCAUUGCAUCAAUACCUUUGAUUGGCUUUGCCUGCUGAUCAUUGCUGUUGUCAUGAUAUUUUUUAUAGCUGUGCGUUAUGUGCCCGCUCUCAAACAGAUUCAGAGCAUCCUCUCCUCCCUCGCCAUCGGUUUGUCCUUUGCGGUGGGCCGGACAUUCAACCACCUCCUGACUGGUAUCAUCUUCGUUUUCUUCGACCAUCCAUUUGACGCGGGGGACGUCGUGAGCAUCUCGAGUCCGGGUGCUGCAAGCGGCACGACAUAUGCUGUCAAGAGACAGUCACUUCUUUACACUGUCUUCCGCAGACUCGACAACAAUUCCGAGUUACAGAUCGCAAAUGAUCAGCUUUACCAAAAGGGUAUCGACAACUACACACGGUCCGGCAUCAAUCGUCAGUCACUCAGCAUUUUUGUCGACUUUCGUACGAGCUUCAAAGAUCUCGCCAAGCUUCGCACGAUUCUGGAGAGAUUCCUAUACGAUAAUCCGCGAGACUACGUUCCGGGGAGCCUGGCACUCAACGUUACGUCGCUCCACGAACUAAAUAAGAUGGAGUUAAGGCUGGGUUUCACCCAUCGCAACAACUGGUCGGACGACAAGUUGCGGUCACAGCGAAGCAACAAGUUCCAUUGUGCCCUCAUAUCCGCGUGCCGCGCGGUACCCCUCUACAGGCCAGGAAAGUUGUUGCCAUCUGCUGGAGAUAAUGGCAACCCCAUUUACACUGUGCAGCUGAACACCACGACAGAACUGGCGGAGAACAUCCAGAAAGAAAAGGAUCGGCGACAGGGACUGCGAUGGGACUUUGAGAAGCCAGAAGUGAAAGAGAAGGAUGAGGAGGAAGCUACAGCUGCUGAUGAGCUGAAGAUUGAACCGACCGUCAGCCCCCAGGAAUUGGAAGAGGAGGCAUUUAGAACGAUUGCUCGCAUGUCGCCCCCGGAGCAGGCAGAAGACGUUGGUACCGCGGGUGUCGGAACCUCUCGAGCCAUGACCGGCUAUCGGGUUCCUUUGGGCGGAGGGGGCUUCCCAUAA